AUGAGAGCUUACCUAUUUCAAGAUGAAGGAGACCAAAGGAUGCCUAAUGAUUCCGGCAUUCCUAUCACUGAAGCACAGUUAGCAGCCGCAAAGGUGAUCAGCUCACAUUCUGAUGGUGAUUUGUAUGAGUUUGCUGAUGAAUUGAUGACAAAGUAUGGCUUCAAAAGCCGCGAUGAAGUAAGUGUCAGCCGUGUUAAGUUGGGUGAACGUUACAAUUCCAUGGUUCAAAAGUUCUUUGAAGAACACUUACACGAAGAUGAAGAAAUUCGUCUUAUUAUGGAUGGAAGAGGCUAUUUCGACUUACGCUCGGUUGAUGACAAGUGGAUUCGUAUACUCGUCGAAAAAGGUGACUUAAUCAUCUUACCAGCUGGUAUUUACCAUCGCUUUACCACUGCCAGCGAUGAUUACAUCCACGCUAUGCGUCUCUUCAGAGAAAAUCCAAAAUGGAUUGCACUUCCUCGUUCUACUGAAACUGAUAACAUUGAUGCUCGUCAAGGUUAUAGAAAGUCAAUCACAUCAUAA